AUGGAGGAACACGAUCUCAUUGCCUGGAACACAAUGCUUGCUGCCUAUACACACAGUGACAAUAUGGACGAACUCACUGCUAUCCCCCAGCAGAUGCCAGAACUUGAUAUUGUCUCGUGGAACACAAUUCUUUCAGCAUACGCACGAUCUGGGGAUUCUCACACCACAGAACAAAUCUUCCAUCGCAUGACUGAAGCUGAUCUCGUCUCCAGCACCACAAUGCUUAAAUUUUAUGCAGAGAGCCGCGAGACAGAUCAAGCCCAACAAGUCUCUUAUGGAUUGCCACAUUGCAAUGACAUCUCCUGGACAGUGAUGAUCAAAGCAUAUAGGGCUGCAAAGACCUUAACCUAUGCUUUGAUCUCUUUAACAAAGCCAGCAGUAGUGAUGUGGGAAGCUAUGCUAUGCGUCGCGCGAGUGAUGCUUGGCGCCUAUGCGAGCAAUGGGGUCUUGGACGAGGCAAAAGGCUUCUUCGAUUCCGAGCACGGUGAUGGCGGCCGAGUAAUUUCGCAUUUGUUGAAAAUACAGGGGCAUUGUGAGAAUCGGGCUCGCGACCUCUCGCACCCAAAACGAGAAUCAAACCCAUUAAGGACUAACGCCCUUCAAAUAUUUCAGUCAUCGCUCCAGGCACGGCCCAGGACAAAAUCAAUAGACUGA